CAGGUGGUGACGUUAUGGGUGAGCAGGUUGUGUAGCCGUGGCAGCGGCCGGUGCUGGCUGGCCAGGCACCGGCUGCCGCUGACCGGAGAGAAGCUCCUGUUGACAUCAGCCUGGGCCGCAGUGUGCUACCGCUACCGGGCCGGGCAGGGCGGGCACCAUGUUGCAUUCGUCUUUGUACCCUCAGCAUCUAGCAGUGUUGGCAUGUAGUAGGCACUCAAGAAUGUGUGUUGAAUGAACAAUGCCUGUGACAAGCAGCUGGACUUUAUUCUUUCCUGACCCUUGCUCCUAUGACACAUCUCCUCCUGACUGCCACUGUCACCCCUUCAGAGCAGAACUUCUCUAGUGAACUCAAGGGAAACAGCUAUGGCUAAGGACAUCCUGGGUGAAGCAGGGCUGCAUUUUGAUGAGCUGAAUAAGCUUCGGGUGUUGGAUCCAGAGGUUACCCAGCAGACCAUAGAGCUCAAGGAAGAGUGCAAGGACUUUGUGGACAAAAUUGGCCAGUUUCAGAAAAUAGUCGGUGGUUUAAUUGAGCUUGUUGACCAACUUGCAAAAGCAGCAGAAAACGAGAAGAUGAAGGCCAUCGGUGCUAGGAACCUGCUCAAAUCUAUAGCAAAGCAGAGAGAAGCCCAACAACAGCAACUUCAAGCACUCAUAGCAGAAAAGAAGAUGCAGCUAGAAAGGUAUCGGGUUGAAUAUGAAGCUUUGUGUAAAGUAGAAGCAGAACAAAAUGAAUUUAUUGACCAAUUUAUUUUUCAGAAAUGAACUGAAAAUUUCACUUUUAUAGUAGGAAGGCAAAAAAGGCCCAAACCAAAAAACCUCUACUAUUCCAGCGACUUGACUAACAAUCUAAGUACGUCAGUGUGUGAGGAGCGCAGCCCUCUGAAGGCAGCACUGCAAGGCGGGGGGCUCACUGUAAGCCUCAGUGCACAGCUGCCACCUGUGGCCACAUAGUAGGGUCUUCUUGCAUUCUUAGUCUGAACUGAACAGUUUGUAAGCUUUGAUCCUUUUUUGUAAACAAAGCUUUGGAAGAAAAAGCAAUAAACUUUUCCAAAUGGUUCUA